AUGCGCUUCUUCAACACUCUCCUCCUAUCCACCCUCUCCGUCAGCGGCGUCGUCACCGCGCUACCCACCGCGGAGAUCGGCAACGUCACCGCCGUCGCUGCCGCUGCCGCCGUCGAGCCGAUCGUCAGGGUAGAGUUCGACAUCAAGGCCAGAGCCAACGACGCGGCGGCCAAGGCGAAGCACGACGCAAACCACAAGAAGAAGGAUGCUGGCAAGUGCGGCCAGGGCUGCGAGGACUCGCUGAAGUCGUACCACUCCCAGGCGUCCAAGGACUCCAAGGCGUCCAAAGCCUCUCAGGCUUCCAAGAACUCUCAGGCUUCCAAGAAUUCUCAGGCUUCCAAGAACUCCCAGAAAUCGAAAGGGAAGCCCCCAAGGCGGAGUCUUGAGGUGGAUGAGGCCGAGGCCGAGGUCGAGACCGAGGGCUUGGAGGCGUAG